AUGAACCUAACCUGGCUAGUUCUUCUCAUAGCCUUUGCAGAAUGCUUGGGUAAAAGUAUCAAGAAAAAACCGGAGGAGUUUGAUUUACCAACAGUAAUUGACGCCACUAGAGUAUCAACUUGUGCUCAAAAUUGUUUGACGGAAUUGUUCUCCAAAGCAGCUGAGCUCAUCACGCUCGAGAAUCCCGUGGAAAAUUUCAAACAUCUUUGCUCGAUCUACAAUAAUGCUUCGAUAUGUGUGGCAGAGCGUGAGGAGUGUUAUGGUGGAGUUAUUUUCGACAUAGUAUUUGAAGGACUGGACGAGUUGUGCAAUGAACGGCAAGACGAGCUCGAGCCUCAUGUGAAAUGCCUGGAGAAAGAAGUGCAGAAUGAGCUACAUGAGUGCGAUAAGUUUUGUCACUUUAGAGAUACUCUAGUGAUGGUUUCGAAGAAGGAAAGUGUUAAUAAAGUGCCCAAAGGCACCGAGGAUCAUCAGCGAAUACUGGAGGAAGUGGCUCCAGUAUGCACCUCCACCGGCUGCAUGACCGCUUGUAUUGCCUAUAGAUUAAACAAGAAGUGUGGCGAGCCUUCUGGAUCCAUCAUCAUGGAGUCUCUACUAAGGCCGCUGAGCAGAGCAGCCGAAGUGCUUGGAGAAUUGGGACCCCGAGCACAGCGGUCUGUAAGGGAAGAACUUCCAGAGCAGUGCCAAUACGUCGUCGAUAAGAAAAAAUUAGACAAAAUUAUUGACGGGAUCCCGCCGGGGGGUAUUCUAACUGUCAGUGAAACCGUUCCAGCAACUGCCAAUCCCGAAAAAUCACAUAAACUAAAACAUCCAGAGCCGCAACUAGUGAAAUUUGGAAUGACUAAAGGUGUCAAAGGCGAGGCAAAGGGAGUAAUGAUAAUUGUUGCAGGAAAGGCCAAGGUAAGCAAAGAAGGUGGAACCAACGAAGAUGAGCAUCAUGUUUCCCGAAGAUCCAUGCAUUCUGGUGCGCCUCAGCCUAAACAGAAAGUAGUUAUGCCUCCACCGCUACCACCGCCACCGACAACUCGUCCACCACCUCCUCCGCCGCCAAAACAUCUGCCUCCACCAUCUCCACCGACUACGACUCGUCCGGCGCCACCUCCGCCGCCUCCACCUAAACCAUCUCCCCCUCUUCAUCCUAAUCCACAAUCUAAACCCGGACAAGGACCCAAUGACAAAGUGAAGGAAGCUCAUCAAGUAGUUGGAAAGUCCUCGAAAAUAUCCAAACGAAGCUCCAGCAAUAGCCGAGAAGAAUCCCGCCGCAAAGUACGAACAGACCGGUCUGCCUCGCAUCAUAAUUCAAAAACACGACAUUCCCGCGAAAGUGAAAGUAGAGAAAGAGCGGAAAGGUUGCAUCGAGUUCUUCCUAGAAAAACCAGAGCAGCUUCGCCAUCUAAUGAUUACGAGGCUCUGAGUUAUAGACCACAUCCACGACCACCUCCGCCUCCUCCGCCACCAAAGCCAUGGUGGCCAGUACCACCUCCGCAUCCAGUAACUCCUCCUCCUCCUCCUCCGCCACCUCAGCCAAUACAUCCCGUAUUAUCUCCAACUCCUCCUCCUCCACCACGACCACCCUUUGAUCCAAGACACAGAUGGUGGAGAAGAUUUUGAGAAGAGCAGCCCACAAACCCCAACC